AACGUAACGUUAAUGACGUUACAACGUCAGUGACGUUUGUUACCUAGCGACCUCAGUUAAUGAAAAACUAUCAGCGGAGUGGGCGAUUAUUUUAUUCAGUCACACAUUUCUGCAGGAAAAUCAAUUAUAGUAAUGGAUAUGAUACAAAUACCAUCCUUUGUACUUUCGAGCAAUGGCUCGCUCGUAACGAAGCGUCUACUAGAAUUUAGAAAACAGUGUUUGCUGUUCGCCGACGAGACGGCAAAAGGAACGGAUGCUUCAGGCAAAAUUAUGAAAACACUCACAGAGUAUCCUCCAAUACAAGGUGUACCUGUCUUGAACAAUUUGCUAGAGCUAUUGAAGGAUGCCCUAUUCUCCUAUCAAGCAUUCAAGUUCAAGGUCACAGGGAAAUUUAAUAACGAGAUAUGUGGCAAAGUUAAUCCCUCAGGAGACAGCACAGACAGCAUCCCUGCCCUUGAGGAAGUUAUCCCAAGAAGGAAAAGCUAUGACACGUUCCUGUCCUGGAAGGCCUUACUUGCAUGUAGAAGACUACACAAUGACUUACUGGCAGCAUGUCGCGAUCACCAGAACGUUGUUUAUCAACUACAAGAAACUUUACAGAACUAUCGAGUGUUAAAUGAAAAAUGCGCAAAGGUCGACGAAAAACUGGAAACAAUUAGAGGGAAAAACCAGUACAACCGCCGACAGGAGAAAUCACAAGCAGCGUUUGACAAACUGUCGGCCCUGUACGAGGAAGAGAAAAUAAUCAGAGAAGAAAAAAUGAAACAGAUUGAAAAUAAACUUCGUUCAAUAAUUGAGACAGAGAUUAGGGAAACCGUUGUGGAAGGAAUAAAGAACCUAAUGAAAGUUGCCAAAUCUAUUCAUCUUCCAGUAGAGUUCACUGAGAGACUGGAAAAGUUUGACUGCUAUGAAGUUGCAGAAGAACUGUUUAAAGAUCUGUCGGGAAAAUAUUUCCAUCCAGUCAUUGAAAAGACAAACUUUGAUAGAACUAUUGCAGCAACAGCAUACGUGGAUCCAUAUUUUGCUGAAAUGGAAAAACAUAAACAGAGAUUUCAAAAACAUGACAGCUAUGUUUGUUUGUUAGAGGAAGGAAACUUUGAUACACGGAAAGAGGAAUUGUAUGUUUGGGCAAAUGCCAGUUUGGCUGAUAAAAAUAACACUAUUCAGCUUAAAUUCAAAGCAGGUACAAAGAUCAAACAGAAACUUUGUUCCACCGACGGCAGCCUGGCAUUUGGAUGGACACGGAAGUUUGCAUAUGGAGCCAAAAAGUACGGAUUUUACCCAACAAAUGCAACUCGACUUGUGCCAUGAUGGAGCUUCAGUUUUAAAUUUUAGAUGCUAUAAAAGAUCACCUUUUGUCAUAAAGGAAUUAAAAUUAUUUGUAAAUUACAGAUACAGUAGCAAACAAUAAACAAUAUUUUGUCUUUUAUCAACUUAGGAGUGUAUUAUUUAGUAGAUGAUCGAUUACAAUUAGUCAAAGAGUGGAUGCGUUUUAAACUAAAAUCUAUAGCUCUCCUCAAUCCAACAGAGUGCAUUUACGACCAGCAUGGAUCCAGUUCAGCCUGUGCAUCCGCGCAGUCUGUGAUGCGCAGUCUGGUCAGGAUCCAUACUGUUCGUUAACAGUUUCUCUAAUUCCAAUAGGCUUU